CUCAGUACAGUCAUUUUAAAAGCAGUGGUGUUUGGUGAAACGGCGUCUACUUUGGCUCAACUCUGCAACUGCAGUUUCAGCAACCAUGAACUUUAUAAAUAGAAGCCACGCCUCCUGUUUACCUCGCGUAAUCUUUGACCAGGGGUUGCUUGGAAGUCUUCACAGCUAUGAAUCGGCUGUUGGUGGCAGUUUGUGUUGCUGCUUUUGCAGUAAUAAUUGGACAACGUAUUCUUAAACUGAUGGAAAUUAGCCUUUACUCAAGAGAAAUUCCACUAAAACACCUUCCCAAUUGUCAACUGUUGAAGCAUAUUGACUAUGGUUCAGAAGACCUCAGUAUUCUCCGAGAUGGACUGGCUAUCAUAAGCACAGGUCUGAACUAUCCUGGUUUGCCACAAUCGGAAGGGCCAGGAAAGAUCUACACCCUGGACUUGCUAGAUCCCAGACUGACCCCUGUGGAGCUGCAAAUCAAAGGAGAUCUGGACAGUGACUCCUUCAACCCCCACGGCAUCAGCAUUUUCACUGAUGAAACCGAUAAAUCUGUGUUGCUGUUUGUCGUCAAUCACCCUACUCAGGUGAUUGGUGACAGCCAGGUAGAUAUCUUUCGGUUUGUUGAGGAAGAAAAUGCAAUUGUGCACCUGAAAACAAUUAGGCAUGACCUUCUUCAUAGGUAUGUCAAAUCUCUUAUGGCCCAUAAUCGAGAGGUGUUUUGUUUUUGUUUGACUAAAUACUUUGUUUCCCCUUCAUUUUUCCUCUCUUUCAGUGUAAAUGACAUAGUUGCUGUGGGACCAGAGAGCUUCUAUGCUACAAAUGAUCACUCUUUUCCCAACGAACUGUUACACAUGUUGACUGUUAUCCUCGGCCUGCCAUGGUGUAAUGUCAUUUAUUACAGUCCUCAAGAGGUCAAAGUAGUUAGGGAUGGCUUUCUGUCUGCAAAUGGCAUCAACAUUUCACCAGAUAAGAGGUAUCUAUAUGUAUCAGAUAUUUUGGACCAUGAAAUUGAGGUUUUUGAGAGGCGCAGAGGAGAAGGCUUGGUUUAUAUAAAGUCUGUAGCUGUGGGGUCCCUCUGUGACAACAUUGAGGUGGAUUACGACAUGGGUGAUUUAUGGCUGGGCUGUCACCCGAAUGGAGCAAAGCUCAAAAAUACUGUGGACCUUGAAGAUCCACCUGGAUCUGAGGUCAUUCGGAUUCAGAAUAUUCUCUCUGAGAAGCCGACAGUGACCCAAGUUUACGCUGACGAUGGACAUGUGAUCAUGGGAUCCUCCGUAGCAGCCCCCUAUGGAGGGAAGCUUCUCAUUGGGACGGUCUACCACAAAGCACUCUGCUGUGACCUGAAGUAGUGCCCCUUCAAACUUGAUGAAGCAGUUUGACAACCAUGUAAUGUUGCCAUAAUUGUUAUAACGCUGAGAAAAUUGACAUAUUAAAAAGACAUACCAUUGUUUUUUAUGGUUUGGAAACAUUACAUUUGUUAUAACAAAGCAUUGAAUUCAUACAGUAGUAGAUAAGACUUCUGUAGAAUCAAACGAACAGUUUGAGAACAGUGUAUAUGAAAAUGUAAACGAUGUAGUGCAACUUACUUUUAGAAUCCUCCAAUUGUGUCAUUAAAACAAUUUAAAGAG